AGCCAAACAAACAACAAUGGUAUCUUCUUCUCUUUCCUUUCAUUCCAUCGCCGCCGCCACCGUCAACCCCAUCUAUGCUGUCCGUUCAACCUUCCGCCGCAACAGCCGCCAAUAUUUCUCAACUGGAGUGAGUUGCAGAGGACAGAGUCCUCCUACUAACGAGCCACAGACAACAACAAGUAAAGGAGGAGGCGAGCCGGAGAAUGUUCUGCUCAAAAUCGCUUGGUACGGCUCAGAGCUACUCGGAAUCGCCGCUUCAGCUUUCAGGUCUCCGGCGUCUCCUCCUCCUCCUACUACGACUGAGCAAGACUAUGAGAUUCCGGUUGAUUGUUCGGGACGAGCCGUUCGUGUAGCUGUCGUGGACUCGAUCAAACACGACUUCAAGCGGUCGUAUUUCGUCACAGGGGACUUGACGCCGGCGGUGUACGAGGAGAAGUGUGAGUUCGCUGAUCCAGCUGGUUCCUUCAAGGGACUUGCUCGUUUCAAAAGGAACUGCACUAACUUCGGAUCAUUGAUUGAGAAAUCAAACAUGAAGCUAAUGAAAUGGGAGAACUUCGAGGAGAAAGGAGUUGGGCAUUGGAAGUUUAGCUGUGUCAUGUCGUUUCCAUGGAAACCCAUUCUCUCAGCUACCGGUUACACUGAGUAUUACUUUGACAUGGAAUCCGGAAAAAUAUGCAGACAUGUGGAGCAUUGGAAUGUCCCUAAGAUUGCUUUGUUCAAGCAACUACUGAGACCUAGCCGUGGACUAAUGGGGACGACACAAAACUAGCAGUGCAGUGGAUGAUGAUGAAUGUUGAAGUCACUUUUUUCUUUCUUUCAGAUUCCACUUUUAAAAACAGUAAAUAUAUGAAAUUUCCCUUCUUUGAAGUUAUAUGGAUACUAUCUGUAAUUAAUCUAUCGAAUAGACAUGCUUUAAGCUCAAUAAUAAGAUCAUAAAGUUAUGAAUUUGCAUCA